AUGGACACACUGUUCAACUCCACGGAAAAGAAUGCCAGAGGCAUACCGCAGGCUCCAUUCAUCGAAAAUGUCAACGAAAUAAUUAAGGACCCAAGCGACUUCGAAUUGUGCUUCAAUAAGUUCCAAGAACGGCUUUCUAAGUACAAAUUUAUGCAGGAAUCUAAAUUGGCUACGAUAAAGCAGCUGAAGACUAGAAUCCCGGACUUGGAAAACACAUUAAAAAUAUGCCAAAGUCUGCGCAAUCACAGCGACGAGGGCGAUGAGAGCGAUGAACCUAUCCUGUUGCACUACCAAUUGAACGACACGCUCUACACAAAGGCUCAGGUUGAUAUACCGGAAGAUCGGGCGGAUUUGAAAGUUGGGUUGUGGCUUGGCGCAGACGUGAUGCUGGAAUAUCCCAUCGACGAGGCCAUAGAGUUGUUAAAGAAGAAACUCGCGGAUUCCGAACAGUCUUUAACGGUGUCCACCGAGGACGUAGAGUUUUUGAGGGAAAAUAUCACGACAAUGGAGGUCAAUUGCGCGCGAUUGUAUAACUGGGACGUUCAGAGAAGGCAAGACUUGAAGCAGGCUCAAGAAGGGACUAAAAACCUCAAGAUAUAA